ACUUCCGGCCUCCGUGCCUCGCUUCCGGCCGGCCGCUCCUUCCUUCCGCUUCUCUAUGGUGCAUUGACCACAGUGUCUACGCCGCGGGAAGAGACUCGCUCUACUGUACAUGUUCGGGCGCGGUGUGGCGCUCUUUACUAUGUUGCCAAAGCUGAGAUUUCCCACACUUAAGCCUUUCCAGUCUCAUCUUUAUGAGUUUCACCUUUGUGGCUCUGGCCAAAUCAACUUACCUUGUGUUCAGCAUUAUUUAAAAUCAUCUAUGUGCCAUCUAAAGCCUCUCUUCCAGAACAUCUUCAUCACCUUCCCCACUGGAGGACAUUUCUGUGUUAGUGUCCACAACAACCCCUGAGGCCUCUUUUUCUGCCUGACUUCACCAAACAAUCAUGUCAUCGGAAUCGAGCAAAAAACGGAAGCCCAAAGUGAUCCGAAGUGAUGGAGCUCCAGCUGAAGGGAAGCGUAAUCGUUCGGACACUGAGCAGGAAGGUAAAUACUACAGUGAGGAAGCUGAGGUGGAUCUGCGGGACCCUGGCAGAGACUAUGAACUAUACAAGUACACAUGCCAGGAAUUACAGAGGCUCAUGGCCGAGAUCCAGGACCUGAAGAGCAGGGGAGGCAAAGAUGUGGCAGUUGAACUUGAGGAUCGGAGAAUCCAGAGCUGUGUGCAUUUUAUGACUCUGAAGAAGCUUAACCGAUUAGCUCAUAUCAGGUUGAAGAAAGGAAGAGAUCAGACCCACGAGGCCAAGCAGAAAGUAGACGCCUAUCACCUGCAACUCCAGAACCUGUUGUAUGAAGUAAUGCACCUGCAGAAGGAGAUUACUAAAUGUCUGGAGUUUAAGUCAAAGCAUGAAGAAAUUGAUCUAGUCAGUUUAGAGGAGUUCUAUAAGGAGGCUCCUCCAGAUAUCAGCAAGGCUGAAGUCACCAUGGGAGACCCUCACCAACAAACCCUUGCACGUCUGGAUUGGGAGCUGGAGCAGCGGAAAAGGCUGGCGGAGAAGUACCGUGAGUGCCUGUCCAACAAGGAGAAGAUUCUUAAGGAGAUUGAAGUGAAGAAGGAGUACCUGAGCAGCCUCCAGCCACGCCUCAACAGCAUCAUGCAGGCUUCCCUCCCAGUGCAGGAGUAUCUGUUCAUGCCGUUUGACCAGGCUCACAAGCAAUAUGAGACGGCCAGACACCUACCGCCUCCCCUCUAUGUCCUCUUUGUCCAGGCCACUGCAUAUGGGCAGGCCUGUGCUCAUAUGAAAUCCUCCCAGCCCCCUAAACAGGAUAAGACCUUGUCUGUGGCGAUUGAAGGCAGUGUGGAUGAAGCCAAGGCUCUGUUUAAGCCUCCCGAGGACUCCCAAGAUGACGAGAGCGACUCAGAUGCUGAGGAGGAGCAGACCACGAAACGCCGGCGACCCACACUGGGAGUUCAGUUGGAUGACAAGCGCAAGGAGAUGUUGAAGAGGCACCCACUGUCUGUCAUGCUGGACUUGAAGUGCAAAGAUGACAGUGUGCUUCACCUGACUUUCUACUAUCUCAUGAACCUCAACAUCAUGACAGUAAAAGCCAAAGUGACAACUGCAGUGGAGCUGAUCACCCCCAUCAGUGCAGGGGACUUGCUGUCUCCUGACUCAGUCCUGAGCUGUUUGUAUCCUGGGGAUCAUGGAAAGAAAACUCCGAAUCCAGCCAAUCAAUACCAGUUUGAUAAAGUCGGUAUCCUGACUUUGAGAGACUACGUACUUGACCUAGGUCACCCCUAUUUGUGGGUACAGAAGCUGGGUGGCCUCCACUUCCCUAAAGAGCAGCCCCAGCACACAGUGAUUGCUGACCACUCUCUGAGUGCCAGCCACAUGGAGACCACCAUGAAACUGCUGAAGACCAGGGUGCAGUCCCGCUUGGCUCUCCACAAACAGUUUGCAUCCCUUGAACAUGGCAUUGUACCAGUUACCAGUGAUUGCCAGUAUCUCUUCCCUGCAAAGGUUGUCUCUCGCCUGGUGAAGUGGGUGACAAUUUCCCAUGACGAUUACAUGGAGCUGCAUUUCACCAAAGACAUUGUAGAGGUGGGACUUGCUGGGGACACCAAUCUCUACUACAUGGCACUUGUGGAAAGGGGCACAGCCAAACUCCAGGCUGCCGUGGUGCUGAACCCUGGCUACUCCUCCAUCCCACCCAUCUUCCAGCUCUGUCUGAACUGGAAAGGAGAGAAAACCAACAGUAAUGAUGACAAUAUUCGGGCCAUGGAGAGCGAAGUCAAUGUGUGCUACAAGGAGCUGUGUGGCCCUCGGCCUGGCCAUCAGCUCUUAACCAACCAGCUGCAGCGCCUGUGUGUGCUGUUGGAUGUCUACCUGGAGACCGAGAGCCAUGAUGACAGUGUGGAGGGACCGAAGGAAUUUCCCCAGGAGAAGAUGUGUCUGCGGCUCUUCAGGGGUCCCAGCAGGAUGAAGCCGUUUAAAUAUAACCAUCCUCAAGGAUUCUUCAGCCAUCGCUGACCUCCUGCUUGGCCUGGUAUUUUCCCCUAGGCCCAAAGUGCUGCGCCUCUGCCUUCUCCUCUGGUCCACAUGUGGCUCUUUUUAGUCUCCAAAGAUAGGUUUUUUUUAUUUCUAACCUAUUAAAGUGUCACCUGACCAAGUGGCCUUUGUCUUGUGGCUCCUUUGGGAGGAAGGGUGGCUUUGCAACCUGAAAGUGUAGGUGAGAGCCACAGCAUCGUGUGAAAGAGCAUUUGUGAAUAAUCUUUCUCUAGGUGGCUAAGAAAAGCAGAGUGUAAAUGAUUCUGAUUCUACAGAGACAUGUUGCCCUCUUGUCCACACUCACCUUACUUGUUUCUUCUUUGGGAGGUCCUCAUUAUCUUGGUACUUAUUAUCCUAAGUCCCUACUGUUAGGAGGUGGCAGGGGAAGCUGAAAUCAGCAUAGCACAAAAGCAAAAGCUCUUUUUUCCUCUCCUUUCCCUCUUUUCUAUUAGUUCUGUCGGUGUCUCUGAUAGCCAGAUUCUCUGAUCAUUGGGCGUCAUGAAUGUCUGACAGUACAAUGCAAAUAGAAGACAAAUACAUCACAAAGAAUAAUUGUAAUUCUUGCAGGAUUUCAUUAAGUCAAUAAGAGUGAUUUUGGAGAAUCACAUGCAGAGCUACCACCCAGUUAGGCUCUGGCAGAGUGAGACCAGGUGACAACUGAGAAUCUGCAUGGUGAUGACAGGAUAAGUGCCUCCAAAAAUAAUGGUUUGACUUUCAAAGAAUUAAGAGAUGUCUUGGGAAAUAGAUUAACACCCUCUAAAGUGUUUGGAGAAUUACCACUUUUGGAAUCCUGCAAAACUCAAAGCAAAGGAUGGCAUAAGUGUUCUUGGACAGUUUUGUCAGAAAAAUUAUACCCCCCACAAAUCAAUAUUCAAUUCAUUUUUCAUUCAUUUUAAGAAAUAAGAUAUAAAGAUGUAAAAAUAUGUAAGAAUUAUUAUAUAGUGGCAAGUAUAAUCUAAAGUUUGCUAACUGCAAUAUGAAAUGAGUUUUUUCCAGCUUUAUUGAGUUAUAAUUGACAUAUAACGUGUAAGUUUAAGGUGUACAGCAUAAUUAUUUGAUACACUAUGUAUUGCACAAUGAUUAUCACAAUAAAGUUUGCUAACACAUCAUUUUA